AUGGGACCCGUACGAGCCAACAAGUCGACUCGCGAGGCGAGGAAUCACGUUGAGGCUGGCCCAACGCAGAGAUCGCCUCCUCAGGCUCCGUACGAAGAGAAGAAAGAGGAUGGUUAUGUUCUGGUCGCGGCAGGAAAGCUGGGAAGAGUGUAUAAGAGUGCUUAUGACGAGGAGCGAUUUGAGAAGCCUGUCCCAGACCCUGAACUCGUCCAACCUGUAUCUAAACGGCCACCGCCACUCGGGCUACAGGACCUUGAGAUCAUAAAGGCUUUGGGGGACGGAGCAGAAGGUCGGGUAUAUCUCGUUCGGACAACGCGUUCAAGCCACCCUUUGGAUCGGCCUGGCACCCUUUACGCUGUCAAGACGCAGAAGAAGAAAUACAAACGACAAGCUCUUCCCCCCGAAGCCCAUAUGCUCGAGAAAGACAAUGAACGUACAGCGCUAGCUCUAAUGGACUGGAACCCAUUUAUCGCAGGUGUUAUCGACAUCCUCCAUGAUGUCAAAAAUAUAUACACGAUUCUCGAACUCAUACCUUCUGGUACUCUCCUUUCCCUCAUCAAAUCACACGCCCCAAUGCCACCCACCAUCGCCGCGUUCUACUUUGCCAAUAUGUUCUCUGCGAUCGAGUACGUCCAUGCAUUGGGACUUGUCCACAGGGACAUUAAACCAGACAACUUCCUCCUUGGAGAGGACGGGUACUUGUCGUUGACGGACUUUGGGUUGACCGUGCCGGUUGAUGAUUUCCAGGUCGAUUGGGUGGACAUCGGAACCCCGUUGUAUCGUCCACCGGAGAUGGAUGUUCGUGCUUCUCCUGCUCAAGAGAAGGAAGGUGACGAGGAAGAAGUAGACCUCGACGAUAGACGUUCGGUUGAUUGGUAUUCCUCCGCCGUCGUACUUUAUGAGAUGGUUACGAGGACAGUGCCGUUCUAUGGCCGCACCAAACUCCAGACUAAUGCUUUAAAGGUGGAGAAAAAAUAUUCCUUCCCCAAGGACAUCAGGAUUGGAAGCCACUUCAAGGACCUCAUCAAGUCUUUGCUCGACCCCGAACCCUCCAACCGGCCACGCCCGGCGGAAAUCCAAGAAAACAAAUGGCUAAGCCGAAUCGACUGGGAUAAGUUGCACGAGAAGCAAUAUCUGCCGCCCCAUCUUCCAAAGAACCCGUCCGCCUCAAAGGGUAUGUGGCAUCGACAGCCCCUGCCGAAUCCUCAAGACGUUCCUGGACUCAAAGUCGUCUACCCGCCUUCACACAUCCUGCAUGACAAUCGCUUCCCGCCGAAACUAGAUCUCUAG